AUGGAUGAACGGAAGAGCUCAGAUCACCAUGAACAAUUCUUGCGAGAGAGCGAGCAAAAACCCAAUAAUCUUUCUGGGUUUGGGUCUGGGUCAUCGGAACGAUCGGUGUCACCUACCAAGAAAGCCCUACAGAUCAAGCUCAUAGAAGAGGGCCAGAACCACAACCGAAGCUCAGGAAAGGAGAAUCGAAUAUGCAAGGUCUGCAAAAAGGGCUUCGGAUCAGGAAAGGCUCUGGGAGGUCACAUGAGGAUUCACGCACACCCACAGGCACAGACUCAGGUGCAGGAGAAGCAGGCGCAGCUUCAACUCCAAGAUAACUUCCCAAUCUCUGACACCAACACCAAGAAAUCGUGCAAUGGUGGCGGUUAUGCCUCACCUGGUGGGCCCAUGAACUCGAAGACAAAGACGAUGAUUGAUGAGCGCAGCAGCAACCCUAGCUGUUAUCUUUGUGGAAAAAAGUUCCAAUCGAUGAAAUCGUUGUUCGGUCACAUGAGAUGUCAUCCCGAGAGGGCAUGGAGAGGAAUUCAGCCCCCACCGCCUCCGCCACCAUCUUCAUCUCCAUCUCCACCCCCAUUACCAGUUGCUGCUGCUGCAACAGGACUCAAGAAGAGCACUAGCAUUUCCUCCGCCACCAUUCAAUCAGAUAAAGAUUCUUGUGGUGUCUAUCACCAUCCCGGAAACUGGUCCGCCACUGGGAAAAGAGGCAGCAAAGCCAUCCAUGCUGUUGUUCCUCCCCCAUCCGCUUCCGCUUCGGCUUCGACUUCGGCUUCGGAGGAGCAAUACCCUAUGCCCGACAUGGAAGCCGCCUAUCAGCUUAUGAUGCUUGCUAACAGCAAAUCACAUUCAAACUCUUACAGAAACAGAAUUGAAGAUCCUAUUCAAACCUUGGGGAAUUUGUCAAAGAAGCGAAAAAGCGAAGACGACGAGGAGUCAAUAUCACAGUCAGAUGGUGUACAAAACUCAAAAUACCUACCUAAACCCUUACCCAUGAAGCUUUCAAUCACUUCACCGAGCAGCGGGAGAUUAGAGGAGGAGGAGGAGGGAGAUUCGUGUAGCAAGACCAGUACUGAUUGCAGCUCACUCAUCCGAGGUCAACCAGAUCAGUCCGAUCAGCUCUCUUGCAUGUUUGAGAUGGUUUUGGGUCAAAAGUUGAAGAAGCUGAAGAUGAAGAAGAAGAAAAAGAUGAAGCUCAGAGAUCUGGAGAGAGUCGUAGAGAUGGGUCCGAUUGAUUACAAGCAGCAGCCAUUGACAACGACAGCGACUUUGUCGGAUAGAUUCAAGUGCAGGACUUGCAAUAAAACCUUCACCUCGCACCAAGCCUUAGGUGGACACAGGUCAAGCCAUAAGAUUACUGAUGAUGAAGAAGAAGAAGAAGAAUCAGAUUCACAAACACAGUCGUCGUCCUAUCCCUGCAAAAUUUGCAACAAGACAUUCCAGACGGGUCAGGCCCUUGGAGGCCACCAGAGGUGUCAUUGGAUGAGCACAGCCGAAACAGCUCCGUCCAGCUCCGUGGCAUCGGCGCCGCCGGAGGAUAUCAUCAGUAAGACAGGGCGUGUGAUGUUAGAUUUUGAUCUGAACGAGAUGCCAGUGUCAUCAUCCAUGGAAGACGAUAAUGAUGAAGUUAUCAAGUCUGUCUCUUUCAUUACUAGUAAUAGGCCUGCUGGGCUGGCAGCUGAGCGUGCAUCUUCUUCCAACAAUUCGGCAACAGAGACCGACCAGAAACCUCGUUUCUGCAGCUUCCAUGGAUAA